AUGUCUCAGCCCAAAGACACAGGGCGGGAGAAUCCCGGCCCUGGACCUCUGACACCUCCAGAACGAGGGGCGCAAGUCCCACGAUCCAAACCUCAUGACUACGCUGCCAGCGACCCCGAAUUCGUCCCAGGCUUCUCAUUCCUACGUGUUGAACAAGCCAGGCACAUGGCCAAGGAUGAAGACCGCACAAGACUGAUCAACUCCAUCACGGACGACAUCGUUGCCACCGUCAUAAGAAUUCGAUCGUACUUCAAGAGCGGUGUUCUCAGCGACGGUAACAUCUAUCAACUUGACACAGUCCUCCAGACUAUCGGCCACAACAAUCUGAAAGCACAAGAGCGCCUGGAACGCAAGCUUUGCCGCCUAGAGCGAAAGCACUGUCGUCUACAACAGGAGUACGUACGCCUCGCCCGUGGAAUGGACGCCAUGGGCACGAAAUACACAGCCAGACUUGCGUCUCUGGAGCAUCGGACCAACACCUUGAGACACCGGCUCGACUGGUUGGAAACGGGUGGCCAGCUGCAUGAGUCUCGGAGCCGCAGGAAGACGGCAUUGCCGCAGACAUUGGAAAAGAAGGAAUCUCCAGAGUUGAUGGCAAUUAAGAUUGAAGCGACGGAGGCCACUGAGGGGGAAGGCGAGAUAUCCGAGUGA